UCGCGGCGAUCGAUUGAUAAAUGGACAGAUGGGAAUUGCACCGAGUUGUCAAAAGGCAGGGGCGGUGUGCACAGUAUUUGUCUCUCCAGAUGCAAUUGUUAUUCUCAACAGGCAUAUAUUUUUAAAAGUAUGAGAGUAAGUUGUUUACUCUGAUGUGGUUCUUAGCAGCCAUCUUUUUUACCUUAUCUCGUCUCUACCUUUCGCCACUCUGACGAUGACGUACUUUGGGGAUGAAUUUAAGGCCUCCUGACAUCUUGUUAGCUUUUGUUUUGUUGCCGCCACGUUAUAAAGCUUUUAUCGAACCAAUUCGUAAUCCCUCAAGGAAAGUCGAUCAGAUUUUAAAAGGAUUAACAUUGCGAUGUACAAAGGAUGCGGUUACGUGGAUCUAAUUACUAAUCAUUAAUCGGCAGUGUUGCUCACGUUCACCUUUCUCGGGGACGUCUCCUUUCAUAGUGCAGAGAUGAAUUGGAUAAGUGUGUACUAAUUGGUCGAUUGUCUCCGUUAUGUUCCAAGUGCACCAACGUCUAUGGAAUACAUUUUUGAGGUAUGUCAUUGCAAACGUCAAGGAAUAAAACAACUGAAUGAAAAGACAAGUUAUUAACCGACAUCUCAAGAGCGAAGUUCAAGUUCGACUGAACUUUGUUUAGAUCAACUGAUAAGGGUUCGAGUAAUGUUGUGCCAUCACGCUGCAUUAUUUGCGUCAGUUUUUUUAAUUCCGUAGCAGGAAAAUGGGACACAUUGACGACCAGGACGUGAGUUAUUUACAAAACAUUUUUAUCGACAGCAUGUGCUUCUGGUUAGUUUGCCGUCUUUUAACGAACAUUGGAGAGGGCAUAUAUGUUAUAUCAUAAUUGUCUACACUUUCGCAUUAAUUCAGAAUUUGUAAGUAUGAUUGAUUUUGAAGAGGUGAAUAGUUUCCAGCUGAACAUAUAGCCCACCGGCAAUAAAUUAAUCGUGAUAGCUAGUUCACCUCAAAGGAUUUUCAUUCAGAAAAUCGAAUGCUGAUUUCAGAUGUUGGCGAAUAAAUUUUUGACAAAUAGGCCUCGGCAUUUUCGACAGAGUUCAUUGCAAUGUAUCUGUGCACUUGAUGUUAAGUGGUGUAACAUGAACCAUACUACGGGAUGAAUGUGAAGUAGGCCUAUGCCUUACAUCUAGAUCGAGCCGCAAACAAAUGCAGAGCAUAAGACAAACUUCAAAACAAACUGCGUUGUGUAAAACGCCCAAACAUGAAUACUGUUUAUGUUUGCUUUAACGUGUACAAGUCGACUGAUUAAAAUGAAAAAAUGUCUGGACAAAAUCAGACGAUGACAUUAAGAUGAGCAAGAGGAAGGAGAGUCAUCACCAUGGCAGUGGUGUAGUCAGGAAUCGGCCCGACCAUACCGCACGAGAGGGUGACGACCGUACGAGGAAUCGACGGCUGGCGGACGUCAGAAGAGGGAACGAGAGUAGACAUCAACUUGAGCUCCUCACUAGUGCCCAGGGAGGGAGUAAAAAACACUCGUCGACGCCUUCAUCGUGGAGGUCGGAAUCGAGAGCCUUCGAGACGUUGUCGGUGAAGGAGAAAAGAGAAAUCAUAUUCCCGAAACCGCCUGAAUUAGAAGCCAGACAUUCUUGCCCAGCGUUGCCGGCAAUUUCUUCGUCGUUGGGACUUUAUCAUGACAUUAGUUAUUCAACAAAGCAGAGUCCUAAAGCAGGAUCAAAUAGAUCGCUACAUGUAAGCGCAAAUUUUAAAACAAAAAAGAUGAAGCAAGACGGAAGUCUAAACCGAAACUUUCCAAGAGAUGAACAAAGAAUAGUGAGGACAAACUCUCUGGAUAUUAUUGCGACUUCUCAUCACCCGCCGUCAAAAGCUGCAUCAAAAUAUAAGAUGGGAAAGCUUAUUUCCAAUUUAACAUCAGUACCUGCAAAGAACCACCAUGCUAAAUCAAUUCAAAACGAAUCAAAGCCGUUAAGAACGUUUAGUGUCCCGGAUAUUACCAAUCCCAGUCAGUCUUCAGAAACUCGCCUUAAUGUCAAGGAAGCAGACAGUUCUAGCUCAAAUAAAGAUGGAAAGGAAACCGGUCUAGCGAUCUUAACAAGUCGUCGUUAUUCUGUUCUUCUUAACGGUGGCACCUUAGCAACAAAUGCACCGUAUGUGGACAGAAUCGAAAGUAAGGCCAUUGGUCUGAAUCAAACACCUAAAGGUGAGACUAAUCAUCAGAGGAAAGAUCUCGACAGUGGUCUGCAAAACACAACAACCGAUAGUGUCACUGCGGCAAAAGGUCGCAAAGAUCAUCUGCAAAAACCUACGACUGUUCCUCUUAAACGUGAAAGUGUCCAUUCGCCUAGUCGCCGCCACGGAAGGCAUCUGAGAAGCCACAAAGAACUAUUCGCUUUCCAGCAGGACUUGCUGCUUCCUCGAUACAGGAAGCUGGCUGGGAUAAGUGGUAACGAUGCCGACGAUGCUAUGUCGCAAAAUGAACAACGGUCUGCAGACGCGAAGACUCGACGAUCGGAUGCAAGAGAAGUCUUCGAGAAGGUUCGUCUUAUCAUCAAGGGACCGGAUAAAGUAGAGACUGUCACGAAGCCUACAGAUCGUAAAGUUCCUCAAAUGAUGCCUAUCUACCUAAAGUCAGGCCUGCCUUGUGGCUAUGUCGACUCGUCCAAUAAAUGCGAUGCCUGGUUGUACGCCAAUGACUUUGAUGAUUGAAAUAAAGCUAUAUAUGUGAAAAGGCUUUCUGUUAUUUGAGACGUAGUGAAACAAUCGAUCGGGAAACGAUGCCCAAAGGCGAGGAUGAUCGUCACCCAAACAAUAUCGACUGUCGUCUGCAAAAACACGACGGCCGUCGAUCGUCUGCGAAAACAAACGACAAAUCAUCUAGAGGUUGUCGCUUCCAUUUUCUAACUGUCUAUCUAAAUGAUACUAAUCUGUUGAAAAUCGUGCUUGCCAUCAUAGUCACGUGAAUAUGCCGAAAUUGUUGUCGUAAAUCUGAUGCCUGGUUGUUGGCUAAUUAUAUGAUUGAAAGCUGUGUUUAAACCCCUAGAUCUAGAGGUAAUGGUUUUGGCAGUGCGAAGAUUUUCAUAAGGGGGUAGCAACUGGAGGGCAAUAGUGUUUGUGGAGGAGACGGCUUAAAGAUUCAGAACCUGACAAUUUUUCAUAUUUCACCAGCCAGCCGACCUCGCUCAGUUUGGGGUGCCUAUAAAAAUUGCCUAUGAAAUUCGUAUUUUAUGGAAAUUAAAAACAUUUAAUUGUUUUACGAGAUCUAAAUGGAAUGGAGAAAUACCAAGAAUACACCCUCACAGAAAAAUAUAUAUAAUGUCGAUUAGUAAAAUCAGAACAAAUUGGUUUCACUGAAAUAGUUAUUGCGUCUUGUUCGCUUUGUUUUUCCUUUAUUUGGCCUAAAUUAUUCUAAGAUUAUGCCAUAUAUUCCAUAUAGGCUAGUCAUAUUUACAAUGAAAUAUAUUGCAAUGUUAAAAUAAUUCGUUAUAACAAAAUAUGUUUUUCUUUACUAUGGUUACAUUACAAAUUCAAUAUGAAUUAUUUUUAAUUAAAAAAAAAAGUAAAUUUAAACGUGCUUGAAUCCAGCUGUAAUAGCUUUAAAAAGCAUUUUAAAGUUUGUUAACGAAAUCUUAUCGUUCAAAUUAGCACAGAGAAAAAUGGCCAAUUUUAUUUUCUGUUUUCAGAAUACUUUUCUCGACAUGCUUUGGUAAUAAAAACUAUUGAUAUAUUUAUCGUUGGGACAUUUUCACCUGUUGUGUGUAUCUAUUGGUAAUCCUGAUGUUAUAAUGAUGUUCGAAACGUUUUUAAUAGGACAUUUGACAUUCGUAGUAAGAUUA